AUGAGGGCAACGUGUCCGAGGAGCAGACGUCCGGCGCAAUUGCCGCGCACAGAAGCCGCGGAGGUACCCCAAGAAAUCGCCACUGCCAGCUACGCUGUAGCGGUAACGCGCGAAGCUCCACGUGUUCACGAGACGGCCUCAGCGGAAGCGGCAGCCCCGUUAGCCGCCGCCACGGAGAGCCCAGCGGCCCCCACACCCCCUGCGCCCGUCACUGCCCCGGCCCCGGCCGCCGCAGGUAGCGCGGGUGAGAAACGCCAGCUGAGCUCCGACUCGGAGGGCGAAGGUACAAUGGAGACCGACGCAGCCCUGGCCCCCACCCCCUCGCCCGCUGCCCGGCGGCCGAGGAUCGCGGAGCAAGUCACGAAACUGGCCCGCAUUCUGAAGGAAUCAGGAGACGAGCCCAAAGAGAACAACGUGGACGUCCCGAGCGCGGGGAAAGCCAAAAAGCGCCGGAGCAAGCGGCGAAGUCUCAGCCGUGAAAAAGACAAGAUGGACGUAUCUGAAGCAGAGGAGUCAGAUACGGCAUCCGCAUCAAAAAAGGCUACAACCCCUAAAGCAGAGGACGUAGUCCUACGGCCGGAACGGCCACAGCACUCCACAGACCCGCCUCCACAAAGCGAUUAA